AUGAGCGCGUCCAUCCCCUCUCCGUCAAUUUCCCUAUGGACACCCGCUCCUUUUCCUUCUCGUCAGCGGUGCCCAACUGAGCAGGCGGUUUUGCGGCGGUUGUCAGGAGAUGAAGCUUCUUGUGGGGCAUCUCCUAGUUCUUCAGUCGGAGUACCAUCCGAGGACCAACCCAGUCUGCAACAGCAACCAGCCUCUCUCUCAAGUGGCUCAGUGAACGCAAGCACUUGCAGUCGAGAACCAUAUACUACUGCUCGGUCUUCUCGAUCUCCACCUGACAACAGCGGCGGCGCUGAAGGACAGGUCGGGGGACAGCCAUGGCAAGAGGCAGCGAGCGACGACGUCACCCGUGGCGAAAUGGAGACCCGUCGACACGGGAACUCGACCGGGCAUCGCCUCACAGAAGAAAAACGACUCUUGGCUGUCUCUCCACAUAUCAGUCCCACGCAAAUCCAGUUUUCACCGAGACAAGAACGUUGCGACUCGCCGCCGUCGCUUGAGACGCACACCUCCCAUGAAGGCGCAUGUGCUUCGCCGCUCUCCCUUCUUGAAUGUGUCUCUCCCUCCGUUGCCUGCAGCCACGAAGCAGUAGGCCACUGCCCAGCCAACGAGCUAAGCCUGUCAGCACGGCGGGGCAAUCAACCUCCAGGGCAUGUACUGAGUGGUUCAUGUUUGAGAGUGCCUCAGGUCACACCAUUCCCCACUACUAUAUUUCCUCCGCCGCAACAUCGUGCUGGCCCCAUGUUGAGACACACACAACUCCAACAAGUCACCGCAGCUGACGCGCAUGCAGGCUCUCUCCUGUGUCAUCGGACAACGGCGAUGUCGCCAGCAGGAACCUCAGCACAUUCUGCGGAGUCAACGGAGAAUGACGGUAUCAUGCCGACAAAUGGAGAAGGCACAUUGGGGGACACCCAUUCGCUGCCUCGCAGGUCUGCUCCGCAGUCAGAACGCUGCCAUAUCCUAGGAUCAAGACACGACGACGAACUGUCCCUGACUCGUUUUGACUCACUUGUGGGAGUUGCGAAAGGGGGGCGUGUGUCUGUAAGGCACACAGAGGCGACAUCGGUUCAUCCUUUGGUCUUGCCAACCCCCGCUCGACGAGCAAAUUCACCCGACACUCUCGGUGCAUCGAAUGAGAUGACAAUUCAUGAACCAUCGAUAGCGCACCAAUCGAAUGGACCCGAAUCAGACGUGAGGAUAACUUCGCCUUCAUGCUCUUUGCCAAGCGCGGGCCAAGACCUGGCGGGAGACUCCCCCACACCAGAAGGUUCUACUGGAGAUGAGCAGCCUUCUGAACCCAACUGCCUGUUUCCCACCGUUGGGCCAUCGAUGACCGGUCGAGAUCUAUUCUUGCUGGAAAUGUGGCUUGCACCUGAGUUGUGUCGAGACCUACAGCCACCCUCCACGCUCAGUCAACUGCGAAGGCAGUUGCUGAACUUGUGGGAAGAGCAAUUGACGCCGGAGCAACGGGAGGUGUACAAUGAAGUGAUUGUACGGAGGUAUACCGAAGAAAGGCAAGGUGUAGAGGAGUGGAAAUUUGAGAACUCCCCUCCUUGGUGGAAGGCUGGAUAUUAAAUUGCCGCGUCUAUUUACGACUGGGGGCAGUGUCAUGCAGAUGGCUGAGCAGAGGAUGGACCGGCAGAGUGUGAGCGCGGAUCUUGCAGCUCAGUCUCACGAUAUGAACAGAAACAUUUGACGGG